AUGCUCGCCACUGCGAGCGCCCAUACAAACGACCAGACAUUUAUGCGUACCACUGGUGCUGUUUCUGGUUCGACUGCCAACAGCGACUCCAGCAGCACCGCCCUCCGCCCCCCAUCACCAGCCACGCCCACAUCCACGCCAUCCACGCCCGCGUCCACCCAUGCUCACGGACUGCAUCACCUUAAUCACCAUCAUUAUCCCUCCCCGCGCAAUCCACUCCCUUUUAGCUCUUCUCAUCCAUCUACGACUUUAAGUCUGCCUCCCCCCAAUUACACCCCUUCCGCGGCUGCCUCUGCCUCUGCACCCGCAAUCGCCAUGGACAGCCCGGCGCUUCCCCCAGCACCAGACUACUCGGCCAAACUGCCUCCUCUAGCCAACCAUGAUAACAGCAGGACCCUGCCCUCGUUGAGCUCCAUCGCCGGACCUCAGCAUCACCGUCACAUCCUGUCUCUCGAUCACUCCGCCAUGGCCCCCAGCAAUUGGACUCCCCAAGCCAACAACAUGUCCUACCGACAACCCCCUCCUCAGCCCUCGCGCGCCCACAGUCCUGCCAACGCCGACUUUGACGGCACAAACAGCGUCACCAGUGAUAGCACCCCCGAACAUCAAAAAGAAGGAACCCCGACCAGCCUCACCCUCGAUGAUCCCGACGUCCGACUAGCCGCUGAAGCCCUUGGCGACCUCAGAGCCGAUUUCGUCUCCUCCCCGCCCGACACUUCUGGUCCCAUGAGCCCGCCUCCUCAAAACAUGCAGGUCGCUGCUCCCUCCUCAUCCGCUGCUGGCCCUUCACGACCACCCAGACCUGAGCCGCUUCUUCAGCUUCUCACUACCGCCCAUCCCUUAAUUGCCUCCACCGUUUCCAACUACCACAGCACCAAGAACUACUCUCCCCGCUUCAAGUCGGGUGCCGAAUACGUCGAAGGCUACCUCACGCCCCUUGCAAAGACGGUCAACAGAACCGCUAGAAGGACUGGCGUUGAGGGUGGUGUACGCUGGUUUCUCGGUGGUCGCCGACAUGCUGCGCCCACUUCUGAACCUGAGGCUGCCUCCAGUUCUAAAAAGCGUCGCAAGGUCGGCGAGCAGGAUGUUCCAGAAUCCGAAGACGCCAAUGGCUCAAACGACACCUCCCCUCCCACGCCGAAGAGCGCUCGCCGCUCUUCUGUCAGCACCAUCGACACCCUGCCCGCAUAUGACGAGCUACGCUCCCCAGCGUACAGCGAGACGGCUGGCCCUCCCGCUACCUCUCAGAACCAGGCUGCCUGGCAAACACGCCUCUUCAUGUCCACCUCUGGACUCAGCGUCGCCAUGAGCGCCGAGAGCCUCAAGAGCCUCAAAUACUGUCUCAAGUGGCUGCGAUGGACCAACGACCGCAUGGACAAGGCCAUUGGAUCCCUCAAAGAUGCUCUCGAGGAAUACGAGAGCGCCUGCAACACCCAGGCCAGACUCGCGGAGAACAACACUCAAGAUAAGGACCAGGUCAUGGAAGGAACUGAAGGUGACAGCGGUACCAAGACGCCCGAAGAAGCGCGCACUGAAAUCGCAAACCGCAUCCAGAUCAUCAAGACGGAUAUCCUCAAGACGCUACAAGAAGUUGUCGUCACCGUCUCCAAGUAUGCCGGCGGUGCUCUCCCGGAGAACGCGAGAAUUCUUGUCCGUCGUCACCUCACCAGUCUGCCUCAGCGUUUCCGCCUCGCCACAAUGAACGAAAAUUCUGGCAAUGCUACCGACAGCGAGACCAGCAAGGACAAUAGCCCUGCCCUCCGUGAAGGCGCGCAAAAAGUUCUCGUUCUUGCCAAAGAGGGGCUGGAUAUGGUGACACAAAUCACGGGUGUUCUCGACGGGACCAUUGUCAGCGCCGAAGAGUGGUGCGAGCGUAUGGGCAAGAAGCGUGAACCAGGCGAUGAGUCGAUGACUGUCGACGAAAAGGUUGCGCUGGCUAUUGCUACAGAGCCUGCUAGCGCCGAUGUCAAGAUGGGUUGA